AUGAUGCCUACUGCGAAGGAAGUCGAAGAAAUCCAGGAAAAGCAGCUUCAAAAUCCUGAUAUGCAGUUGGGAGUUCCUGAGCAAUUCGUGUUGAUGCUGUCGAAAAUCCCCUGCCUGCUGGAACGUCUCAAAUUGUGGAUUUUCACGUUAGACUACAAGACAAUGGAAAAGGACAUCGCUGAACCUUUGAUGGAUUUGCAAUUGGCAAUGAAAGAAAUGGAAGAGUCGAAGACGUUCCGGAAAGCUAUGAGCAUCUUCCUCGCCAUUGGCAAUUCGUUGAGUGGUACAGAGAUCAAAGGCUUCCAAUUGGAUUACUUGGCAAAAGCAUCGGAAGUGAAAGAUCCCGUCUACAAACAUACACUGACAUAUCAUUUGGCCGAGUACAUG